GAAGUCUUUGUGUUUGAGGUGGCUGUGCAUGUUAUAACCCUAACAGGUGUCAUCGAGUUUUUCGAUUAUAAAACAGAGCAAAACAGAGCUGCUCUGCUUCAUCUGUAAGUCUGUAACUGAUAGCUUUGAACUCAAACCAUAGAAAGAGCAACUUGACUCUAGUGAGAAUGGAUAGCACACUUAAGGAGAUGAGGGAUGGUGUUUCUGCACUUGACCUGGACUCCAAAUCCGCCGUCGGUGGCGGCGUUGAGGACAUCUACGGUGAGGAUGCUGCCACUGAGGACCAACUUGUCACCCCCUGGACUUACUCUGUCGCCAGUGGGUAUUCUUUGCUGAGAGAUCCUCAAUACAACAAAGGGCUUGCAUUUACUGAGAAAGAGAGGGAUGCUCAUUACUUGCGUGGUCUUCUUCCUCCGGCAACUUCCAGUCAAGAACUUCAGGAAAAGAAGCUGAUGCACAAUCUCAGACAAUACCAAGUGCCGCUGCAAAAGUAUAUGGCACUGACCGAACUCCAGGAGAGGAAUGAGAGGCUGUUCUACAAACUUCUCAUUGACAAUGUCGAGGAAUUGCUCCCGAUUGUAUAUACUCCAACUGUUGGUGAGGCUUGCCAGAAAUAUGGAAGCAUCUUCAGACGCCCUCAGGGUCUUUACAUAAGUCUGAAAGAGAAAGGUAGAAUUCUCGAGGUAUUGAAGAACUGGCCUGAAAGGACUAUUCAAGUUAUUGUUGUAACUGAUGGUGAGCGUAUUUUGGGACUUGGUGACCUUGGUUGUCAGGGGAUGGGAAUUCCUGUGGGGAAAUUGGCUUUGUAUACAGCUCUUGGAGGAGUUCGUCCCUCAACAUGUUUGCCUAUUACCAUUGAUGUGGGGACAAAUAAUGAACAAUUGCUGAAGGAUGAAUUCUACAUUGGGCUCAGGCAAAAGAGAGCAACUGGAAAGGAGUAUGCUGAGCUUUUACAUGAGUUCAUGGGCGCUGUGAAGCAGAACUAUGGUGAAAAAGUUCUUGUACAGUUUGAAGAUUUUGCUAACCACAAUGCCUUUGAGCUGCUGGCAAAAUAUGGAACUACUCAUCUCGUCUUCAAUGAUGACAUACAGGGUACGGCUGCUGUAGUUCUUGCUGGAGUUGUGGCGGCACUAAAGUUGAUCAGUGGUACGCUGUCUGAGCACAAAUUUUUGUUCCUUGGUGCUGGGGAAGCUGGGACAGGUAUAGCAGAGCUAAUAGCUCUUGAGAUCUCAAAAAAGACAAAGAUUCCAGUGGAAGAGACGCGCAAAAAGAUCUGGCUUGUUGAUUCAAAGGGACUAAUUGUUAGCUCACGUAAAGAAUCUCUUCAACAUUUUAAGAAGCCUUGGGCUCAUGAACAUGAACCUGUUAAGGAUCUCAUUGAUGCUGUCAAGGCAAUCAAACCAACAGUUCUUAUUGGAUCGUCUGGUGUUGGAAGAACAUUCACGAAAGAAGUGAUCGAGGCACUAGCUUCCUUCAAUGAGAAACCUCUCAUUUUGGCUCUUUCUAAUCCAACAUCACAGUCAGAAUGUACAGCUGAAGAAGCUUAUACUUGGACUAAGGGUCGUGCAAUUUUUGCUAGUGGAAGUCCUUUUGAUCCUGUUGAAUAUAAUGGCAAAGUUUAUGUUCCUGGCCAGUCCAACAAUGCUUACAUUUUCCCCGGACUUGGCCUUGGUUUGGUCAUCUCUGGAGCAAUCCGUGUGCAUGAUGAUAUGCUUCUAGCAGCCUCCGAGGCCUUGGCGGGUCAAGUUACAAAGGAGAAUAUCGAUAAUGGACUUAUCUAUCCACCAUUCUCUAAAAUCAGAAAGAUUUCUGCCGCAAUAGCUGCUAAUGUAGCUGCCAAGGCAUAUGAACUUGGUGUUGCUACACGACUCCCUCGUCCAGAAAAUCUUGUCAAGCAUGCUGAGAGUUGCAUGUAUAGUCCUCUCUACAGAAGCUACCGGUAAACAGUCUGCCAUCCCAAAAGCUUAUUAUCGAGCUUUGCUUAAAAUGUCUCUUCCUAGUGAUGCUGUGCUAUAUCACUUGGUGAAGAUGGUGCGUGUAAAAUUAGUGAAAGACUGCUUGUAAUCAAUUUCUUCCUAUAUGAAAUAAAGCUUGGGUUGAUGGAUCUGAUGGACCGGUUUUAUUUGAUGAAUUUUGUAAUUUGGGUUUGUUUGUCA